AAAAAAAAAAAAACUUUGACCUUUUUACAUAAACACAUAGUACAAUGUCUUACGCACUUAACUUUGGAGCUGGCCCAGCUAAAAUCCCCCAACCUGUUCUUUUAAAAGCACAAAAAGAAUUUCUUAAUGUUCAUGGUACUGGAAUGUCUGUUAUGGAGUUGUCUCAUCGUUCAAAACCUUUUGGUGCCAUUCUCGAAAAGACCAAGAAGGAUUUGACGGAUUUGAUGGAAAUUCCUUCCAAUUACAGCAUUUUGUUUAUGCAAGGUGGAGCUACCACAGAAUUUGCUUCUGUGUUUUAUAACUUGGUUGCAGCCAAGCAAGAUGAGUUGAAAAAGGCAGGCAGAGAAGGUGAAGAAAUUGUGGUGGACUAUCUUGUGACAGGUGCAUGGUCUAGCAAAGCAGCACAGGAAGCUGAGCGCUUAGUACCUACCGUGAUUGGUAACCCUGUUCGCGUUCAUCGUGCUUUGAAUGUCAAGGCAUUGAACGGAGGCAAAUUUGGGGCUAUUCCUCCCCAAUCCGAAUGGCAACUCACCGAUCCCAAAAAACACAAUGUAGCUUAUGUUUACUACUGUGACAACGAAACUGUGCAUGGUGUUGAAUUUCAAUUUAUUCCAGAGGUUGAUGCCAGUGUACCUCUUGUCACUGACGUUUCUUCCAACUUCUUAUCUCGUCCUAUCGAUGUAAGCAAGUUUGGUAUUGUUUAUGGUGGAGCACAAAAAAAUCUUGGCCCUGCCGGUGUUACUAUCGUAAUUGUUCGCAAUGAUUUGUUAGUGGAUAUCAACAUUGGACCUAUCCGUCCAUUAAUGCUUGACUUUAAAACUGCAGCCGAUAAUGAUUCAAUGUAUAACACACCUCCUACUUUUGCUAUUUAUAUGGUUGGAUUAACAUUGGAGUGGUUGAAGGAUCAAGGCGGACUCAAGGCAAUCGGAAACGUCAAUGACCGUAAAUCUGAAAAACUUUACAAGGUGAUUGAUGAAUCCAAACUUUACAAAUCUCCUGUCCAGCCCAACUGUAGAAGUCAUAUGAACGUUGUUUUCAAUUUAACAACCGAGGAGUUGGAAAAAGAAUUUUUAAAGGGAGCUGAAGAAAGAAAUAUGCAUCAACUCAAGGGUCAUCGUUCUGUUGGUGGUGUACGUGCUUCGAUCUAUAACGCUUUACCAGAGGAAGACGUUGAUGCAUUGAUUGAAUACAUGCUUGAAUUUGAACAGAAUCAUUCAUAAUAAAUAAAUAAAAAAAUGUCACAGGUGUACAAAUUCAUGCUAAUUAUGCACACACAGAAAAGAGAAAAAAAGUCUAUACUUGACAAGCGGGUCACACGCUAUAUAAAAAUAAAAUUACAGUUAUAAAUGAUAUAAUGCAUCAUGUAUGAUGAUUGGUGUAUUGUAUAUACAUCCCUCUCCUCCCUCCCUUUUUUUUUUU